AUGGCUCCCCGGGAGGAGCUUGUCUCCUCUGCUGAUCCUUCGGUGGCCUCGUCGCCAGUUGAGAAGAGAGUCCAAUUCCUUCAAUCCAAAAACCUGACUCAACAAGAGAUCGAUCUCGCUCUGUCCCGCACGGGUGAAGACCCCUCCACUGCUGCCACAGCAGUCGCCUCCUCACAUAGCUAUCAACCUUCUUCUCAACGAGCUGUUUACCACCCCCCUCCGCCUCCUCCGCCUCAAGGUUAUGGCUACCCUCCGUAUGGUCAAUGGCAGGCCCCGCCAGAACCCCCCAAAAGAGACUGGCGCGAUUGGUUCAUCAUGGCUACAGUGAUGGGUGGUGUUGGGUAUGGGUUGUACACAGUGACUAAGCGGUACAUUGCCCCUUUAAUCGCCCCUCCUACGCCGCCCCAACUGGAACAGGACAAGGAGCACAUUGACGAACAGUUCUCCCGUGCCUUUGCUCUGAUUGAGCAACUUUCUACGGAUACUGCGGCGUUGAAGUCGGCUGAAGAAGCGCGCACAGAGCGGCUGGACACGGCGCUUCGGGAGGUCGAAACUCUGGUGGCCGACUUGAAGACUGCUUCUCGUCGGAGAGAUGAUGAAACCCGCCGCAUUAGCGACGAAGUUAAGUCAUUGAAGGAUGCCAUUCCUAAAGCGCUGGAAGGCGCCCGGGAAGGAAAUGACACUCGGUUGAAGGAGCUUGGUACCGAACUGAAGAGCUUGAAGGUCCUGCUUGGCAACAGACUGGGCGGUAGCGGCGCAUCUAGCUCUCCUGUUGUUGGUAGAACCAUGAGCGCCUCAACUCUCCCCGGCGCUGGCCGAGCUGUCGAGGAGUCGACUCCAAGCACCACCCCCGCCACUCCCAGUGUCACAGCCACCCCUACCACACAAGAAUCGCAGCCCUCUCUAGCCCAGCCUAGUGUCGGUCAAACGACUGGCGCCGCAUCCACUAGCCCUCUUGCACAAUUUGGACGGGGUGCUUCCAUCCCUGCCUGGCAGAUGGCUGCUGCCAAUCGGUCGAAGCCCACUUCGCAGGCAACUUCUACACCUGCCGGAGACAGCUCUUCCGAAGCCGCUACGAAGCAACAGAGCGCUCCUCCUAGUUGA